AGUCGUGCAAGACGAAAGGUGCUGCACCACAAUGAUCACUGGACUGGCUGCUUUGGUUCUACUUGGUACAGUGUCUCUGAUUCAAGCUUCAGAGUUUCCUCACCAGCUCCCUUUGACUGUGGUUGAACUUGGAAACACUUUGACUCUGUCAUGUUCAGUUUUUGGGAAUGAAGGAGGGUUGUUUUACUGGUACAAGCUGCAGUUUGGGUAUAUGAUCCAAAUAGUUGCAGCAGGAAGUUUAAAAAAAAUACAACUUGAAGGACAAUUUAACAACCCAAAAUUAUCAAUAAAAAAAAACAAUGCUCAGUAUGUUCUUAACAUCAGAAACAUCAGCAAAGAAGACGAAGCGACGUACUACUGUCAAGGAGGAUCUGCAUACAAAAUGGAGUUCAUUAACGGCACACUUGUGGCUGUAAAUGAUCAUAAAAAUCUGCAGAAAUCUUUCUUCGUGAAACAAAGUCCAGAGACUGAGUGGGUCCAGCAGGGCAACCCAGUGACUCUCCAGUGUUCACUUCUCUCCAAGAACAAAGAAAACACAGAUCAGUGUCCAGCUGAACACAGUGUGUACUGGUUCAGAUCUGGAUCAGGAGGAUCUCAUCCAGACGUCCUUUACACUCACAGUGAUGAACAAGAGGAAAGAAGUUGUGUCCACAGUCUGUCCAAAACUAUACAGGACUCCUCAGAUACUGGGACUUACUACUGCGCUGUGGUCACAUGUGGACAGAUCCUGUUUGGUGAAGGAACUAAAGUGGAGACAAGAUCAGAACUGGAUCCAGUUGUCCUUGUUCUUGGAGUCCUGUUGGCCUGCUGUGUGACUGUUAUCGUCAUCCUAAUUGUAAUCCUAAUUUUCUACGUAAAUCAAAGGAAAGUUUGUGAAGUACCGUCUAAUGUGAGGAUGACAACAGGAGCACCGAGGGCUUGUCAUCAUCUUGGACAUGACUGGUCAGCUGUGGAUCAAUCAAAUAAUCUGCCACAUUUCCUCUCACCUUCCCCCUGCCACUCUCCCUCACACCUGCAGACUCCCGCCUACGCUGUAGCUAAUGCUAUUUAA